GUUGUUUAGUUUCAAACAGGUUGAGGAAUUAUAUAACAGAUCCUUGAAUAACAGAAAUGUUUACAAUGAUCGUUAAACUGUUGCUUUUCAGCUCUGUAAUUAGCACAGUUUAUAAUUGCUAUCAGUGCUUUAUUGAUGUCGAUGACAGUCUUCGUUUGUGCUGGGGCCACGUUCUCACCGAAUACAAUAUAAGGAAUGUAGACUCUUGUUUCAAAACACUCGAUCGCAUAUUCAACAAUGAAUCGAGAGUAAUUGAAGCAGGAAAAGUAGGGAGAGGCUAUGACUUGAUGCUGAAGAAUAUCUUGAUGGCUGAAAUUAUGCCUAUAGUGGAGGAAUUUGACCAGCAGAAAAAUUAUGAUACAGUUUAUGAGUCCAGGCUACAGGCAGCAGCAAACAAUUUCAUUGCUGCAGCCUCAAGGCUGCCCAGAGCAUCUGGAUGUUUCCCCCCAUGUGGUUUCCAGGUUCAAGGUGCUGUUUAUAACUGCGUGACCUGUCAGUACGACUCCUGUGAGUUCCCGCUGGAUUGCCCCGUGAAGGAAAUCAAAGUAAAUGAGAACAACAGGACUCAGAUGUGGUGUAAUGUCCCUUUCCUGCUUCCCACAGAUGCAGAGAUAGUCUGGAGAUAUUCAAUGGAGAGAACGGUGUUGAUGGAUCGGUUUGAUGAGGUCACGGUUGGAGUGGAUCCACUUUACUUCAUCCCCUCUGCUCGGCCAGAGCACUCAGGCACCUACCAGUGUGAAAUAUUCUCCCAGGAGCACUCACUCGUCCGUAUCUACUACUAUCUCACUGUCCCUAUGGCACAGAUAGGCCAUGCAGAAUUACAGGGUGUCUUUGAACAGGCUCUCCUCCCAGGAGGCCGAUUCCCUCCCCUGUCCUCUACAGAUCCAUUUACCUUAUGGCUGCCCAGUCCUGCGCUUGUCACCACCUGUCUGACUGCAAUGCUUCUGCUGGUCUUCUGUAGUCUAGGGGCACUAUAUUGGUUAUCUUAUCAGACUGGGAACAAUGAGUCUGAUCCAGCCCAGGAAACAAAACUCACAGAAAAGAAGAAAUAUUUGAUUCACUGCUAACAACAGAAAUGCAAUAAAAUAUUAAGGCACAACUUGUUUCCCCCGUAAGCAUUUAUUUCUAUUUGAUUUUGGACCAGAUUAUUAAAGACUAAUUGAAAUAUUAUUUUAUAGAUGUCAGCUUUUGAAAAUGAAGAGGAGAACAUGUGAGAGCCAGUGAAUCUGAGUUUAUGAGUGAGGCUGUGCCCACUACAUCAAGUUAUAAAGCCUCUUUUAUAAUACUAAAUAUAGCCAGACGUGACUCAAGGCGUUUCUCCUUUUAAAGUCUUUACUCAAUGUUUUGCUGCUGUUGUCCCAACAACCCAUUACAAGGGAAAUAUUUUAUUGUACAGGGAAUUGCAACUUUCCGUAAUCUUUGUUGGGACGAUGUGUAUUUUAGAGCUGC